AAACGAGAAAGCGAGUGAUCAAGGAAGGGCAAGGAUGAUAGUGGGGGUACUUAGGAUUGACCGAAAGCGGGGUGUGGGCCACGUGCUUCGGUGCCUUUAUACAAUCGUAUAUAGGCACCGGUCGACCGAGUGGCCACUACCAUACACUGAUAGUCAUACACUCAGGCCGCACGAGAUAAAAGAGGAAAAGAACGACGUCGCGUCGGUCGAGGAAGAAGAAGGAAAAGAGGAAAGAGAACGAAAGAGAAUACAAUAGAUAGAGAAGGAACGGACAAGAGAAACGACCUACCGACAAGCAAGGCAGACAGACAGAAGUCCACCUUCCACUUCCAUUCCCUUACGCAGGUUCACUCCUACUAUAACGACGAACGAACAGCCUGCCUCUGCUCGCUCGCCUGCCUAUAGCUGGCUUCUCCUUCUCUGUUUCUAUACCUACCUACCUACCUACCUUCUCUGCGCCGUGGUUAACUCGGACAGAGGCGAGAGGUGAUACACUCGAUACAGUCAGCCAGACGAGGGCGACGAAGACCUCAGUCACCUCCUGACAUUCGGUAUGGUACGACCUUACCCCACUGGCGUGCAACUAAGAAGGUAUCGCCAAAAAGAGGGUUAAGAACAUCCAAGAAGAUCUCCGAGACUCGAGAUCAAACGAAGACAGCCGGUGAAAGGGAUAAUCACCCACGAACAAGAGGCAACUGGGAAAAACCGAGAAUAGGGACGCUAAACGAAAGAAAAGAAAGCAUCUCCACUGUUACCACCGCUACCGCACGGACCACCCUUAACGGUGUACCGAGCCGCUGAUUCUUUUUCCUUUCCACGCGAACCUCCCCGCCACAUUCUUAAGCACCUACCGCUCCCCUCCUCCUACCAUCUUCUGAGACAGCUCUCGUAACCCCCUUCCCCCCUCGUAUAAGAAUCAGUGCAUCGCGUGUGUCGGGACCAGUGCCAAACGGCUUGUGAUUCUGUGCGGACAGUUUUUCAAGUGUGAUCACACGUUCCACCCGAUAACCCGAACCAUCGGCAACUCUUAUGAUUUAGCCAAGAGCGUGGGCUAAAUCAGGGUCCUGUCUUCUAACAAUUCGUUAUUUGCUUUCUUAACGAUACCGCAUCGUAGAAAACAGACGCUAUCUAUUAUAAUAACAGUGCAUUCUCCAUGCGACUCGUAUCUGUCAACUACGUAAAUACACGCUCGAUGACAGGGUACCACUGACCCGCGCCUUCACGCAGCCAGUACGGUAUACAUCGGUGCUGCGACACGCGAGGAUAGAUACGUCUCGCUUGCUCCUUGGCUGCCACGCGCCACCGCGAGUGCCUGCGUGCGACGAGAGUGAUCAAGUGCUAUGCGAAUAUGACAGUUGAGGAGGAUACGACGAUCGCUUACGAUCGACAAAUGACAAUGGAGGCCAUUCUAGUUCGUGACCAAAGGACCACAUCGCACAGAGUUCUUGACCAUCGUACCUCGUCCAACGGUCUAAACAACACUACUGCAUCCAACAACAUGACAACGUCCACUAAAUGGUACAAACCUAUUUUGGAUAAGAAUCCAUGUUAUGCAGCGGAUGUCGCUCUGAGAAUAAAAAGAAACGAUCAAAAGAAGAGACACUUAUCGUGUGAUUCGUGCCCUGUACCUGCUUUUUACGACGAUCGGGGGAUACGAUCGAGAUACAACUCAUCCGUCACUGCGACCACGUGGCUGAGGUUAGGUAGUCUUUUGCUGGCCCUGCUCGUGGUCUCGGUGCACAGCGCUCCGACGAUGACCCUCGAGGGUAGACGACAUAACUCUCCCCCGAAAUGGGUGAAUCCUUGUGGCCUCGCUGCCGAAGAUUUUACCGGUGAUUUGGACGUGGUGCAGCUUACAGACUCGCAGCUUCUGCAACAAGUUGUCCUUCAAGCGAAAACAGCACUGAUGCACGCGGAACUUUUUCGUGAUGAUUACGCUAGACGAACGUUCAACAUCGAUUUCGCCGAUCUACACUCAUCGUUUAAAAACAGUCAUUACGAUUGGCUUCCCGGGCAACAGCAAAUUCCCAAGCAACUAGGAGAACAGCUGACGCAAGAAUUUCUAGACAAAUUAGAACUUGAUACGGCCUUGAUCGAUACGUAUGAAUAUAUGCAAAAGUUUGCAGUGGGUCUAGAACAGGUAGUUUGGGAUCAAGAAGAUCUAAACCUUCAGUUUAGCAAGCAAUUUAAGGCCACCGAAACUGCACUGCGAACGGUGCUGUGCGAGCUGCAAGUGGCAUUGGUGGAGCGACAGCUAUCUCCACGGCCAGACGUGUCACGCGACAUCAUGAAGUCGGAUAUUCGUAGCUUGGCAUCUUCAGAGACGUACCGCAGGUUACGCGACUGGGUAAUCUUUCGGGACUACAUGAACGGGCUGGAAUACGUGGUGCAAGUGUUCGAACACUUACUCCGCGGUCUGCAGUCCUGAGGAUGGCAAGGCGGAAGCCGAAGAAGGGCUACCAGGCGACGACUCGCCCAUCUCAGGAAACCGGAACAGUUCAACCUGGAUGGCCAACUUUCGUCAUGAGGUUGGAGAAGAAAGUGGGUAACGGGGGAAGAACCUAGGCAUGCUCUGCCAAGCAAGCCCAGGUGCUACCUACCCUUCUCGGUUCCAGUGAGAUGUGUCUCCAUGGCGACGAUCGGCCUAUCCGUCGGCCACAGAUCAGCUGGUGAUGCUGCAUCACAGUGAAACCGACAGAUAUACCGUAUCGUCGGAACGCGAAAGUGUGCGUGUGUAUCUGUAUCAAGUUGACUAGUAUGACUUUGAAACAGAGAAUCGACGAAAAUCGUUCACGAAUCUCGUCAAUAACAUACACCGCCCGUCGUUGAUGCUCACCGAGAUUCCACAGUGAGACAACCAAGGAGAUAGUGUGAACAACAAGAAACAGAGAGUCGUACGAUGAGCAGCCCAUUGGCUUUCGCCGCCGUAGUUCACGAACGUGUGUGAAUAUUACUCGAUUUCGUACGCGCUUACACCUAGUACGCGUCAUAUAUAUCACGCGUGAAAAUCCAUGUCCAAAGUAUAAUUAUUAUAUAGAAGAGGAUCGCUGAAGAUGACAGACACCAAUCCCGUGCAACAUCUUACCGUUCCUUGAGAUUUCCAUCAUCGAGCAAAGCGUUGUACUCUUAAGUUUCUUCUGAUUUAUCAGUUCUUUCACGUUUGGUAUCGCUGCUCUGACAUUGUGCUCUUAAAUUACUCGUGUGCAUCGAUCGAUUUUUAGAAAAUCACUCAUAACGUUUAGCAUUUUAUCGGCUUAAUGAUUCAGUCUAAUAUUUUAUACCGUUAGACGUAAAUUUCUUUCUUUUUAUUUAACAGAACGGUAUCUGAUUUUACUCGGCUAAUUUUACUCACAUUUUACUCCAUGGUAUGUCACUUUUAAUCGGCGUGGAUUUAAAAUAUAAAGGUUUAUACAAUCAUCGAUGAUCAUUCUGUCCAUUUGGACAAUGUAUCAAUAUGUUUUCUCUUUCGAAUAAUUCUCCUUUAAAAACGGAGUUGUUCGAAAGUUUCAAAGCAGCGGCACCAACAAAUAUUUCACUGUCAUUUUCAUUCAGGGAUUCAUUGAGGGAAAAGAAACGAACAAGGCGUGAAAGAAGUUGAGCCGACAGGGAGAGAGGAAAGGAUUCAGAGGGAAUCCGUCUAAACGAGCUUGUGCACCACAACGGUAUUAUAUCAUAAGUAUACAAGAAAAUACAGUAUUCGCGCUUUAACUUAGAUUAUGCGUGUCGUGCGAGAAGGAAGUAAGAGAAAUUUCUGCGUAUGUGCUAUGCCGCGUGAUAUCACGCGCGAACCCUGAAAAAAGGUACAGCACGGCGUCGAUUAAAUCAUCGACGACGAAAGAAAACAAAUCUCUCGACGAGCCAUCCGCGCCCACUCUUAAUCCUACAUGAUAAUUUAUUGACUAACUGUAAUAUUAUUAUAUUCGUAUUUAUUCAGAUUAUUUAUUUUAUUUUUGUAAAGAUUUUACAUGUCUGAUUAACUGUAUUUAAAGUGUCUAGUUGAGCUUAAAAUUACCUAGAGUAUAGGAAAGAUACAGAAGGAUAUAUAUUAUUAUUAUUAAUUAUUAUUAUUAAUAUUAUUAGUAGAAUUUUAAUAGUAUCAUUAGGGGAAGAAGGAAACGCAUCGACGCGGCCGACGCCAUUUUACGUUACGCGCCGCGCUGCUGCUGCAACUCCCUUCGCUCGACGUACCUUUCAACGGUAUGAACAUUUAAAAUUUCAUAACGAUACAUACGAUCCGCAACGUCCGUUCCUCCCGCUCUUUUUAUCCGUUGUGAUGUUUUAUUUUCAACGAUUGAUACUAAAUCAAUUUUAUCCGGUAUUGGUUCAAUGGGUGGGCUUUUACGACAAAAUUUCUUUUCCUUCUUUAUUCUUUUUUCCUUAUUUCUCUUUUCUCUUUUCUUUUUUGUUUUUUAUAUAUAUAUACAUAUAUAUAGUGCCUGACACUUCGAUUUUUGAUCUAGCGAUAUCAGAGACUGUUGUAGGCUGAACAAAACGUAAUCUUCGAUGACUCGAAAGUAUUAUAAUUUUAUCAGUAAUUCAACUGCAUUUUAUCUUCUGUACUAGGAUUUUAAUCUCUUGUAAAAUUCGUUUAUUUUUACUACCAUCGAUUUUUACUGAAACUUUACCAUUUCACUUUCUCUUUUUAUUCCAUACACUUUCCUGUCUAGAAGAAAGCGUCGCGUAAGCUAUCACUUCGACAUUUGCUCGAAGACGGUCGACUUCACAGACUUUUCGUACUUACAAUCCGAAGCUUGGAUACGGGUAAGCGCGUUCCGUUCCGUAAAAGAAAGGACCGCUUACUUUCAUAUUUAAUUUUCAUGUCAUUGGCGGCCUAUAAGCUUACCAUAGAUAGUUAGUAUAAAGCGUGCAGGAAGUUCACGAUUGGUCGCACUGUUCGUGUAAUUUUGUAAAGUGUACGCGGAUGCACUUUAUACGAGACGCACUUUCAAUCCGAUAUUAUCGUAUCUGUGAUAUGCAUCGUCGAAAGUCGCUCACACGACUAAUUAUUAUCAUCGUCGAAUUGUACUAACUGAUUUUUUCGAGUUCUGAUUCCGUCGAAGGGGAGGGAAAGGAAGAAAGAUAAAUGGAGGGUGUAUCGAAAGAAGGCGCUUAUGCGUGCUGAUAUAAAACAACAUGAGAGAGGGAGAGAAAGGCCGAUGUGUGUGGCAAUGUCGAUCUCACGAAUCGAUCUCGAAUGCGCAUUUCAUUUUAUCACUGCUAUUUUAUAUAUUUUUUAUUUAGUAUAUCGUCACUUAUUCUUUGACGGUAUCGAUCAUUUUUUUUUUUAGCUUCUUUUUCAUUUUCUUCUUUUUUUUUCUCUCUCUCUUUUACAUAAGGAAGACUGCCAUUUUAGUUAGAAUCGUUCCAAUCAUCGUAGGAUACGAAUCUAUUUAAAAAUCGGACGCGUUUGACAUUCGAGAAGAAAAGAGGUCGCAGAUUUGUAAACGCUAGGAAGGACUUCGGCAAUUGCACGUAUUGAUCAGAAAGCAGCAGCGCAGCCUGUUCGAGCGUCGAUUAGCAAAAUAAUCCUACCGAUUGCCGAUAUGGAUUCUGUCUUUUUAUUUCUCUUUGAAUUGAAAUUCGAUCAACUCUUUAUUCGAAUUUAAUAUCGCGUCGAAUCACCGUUCGCACGCUAUUUCUUUGGCAAAUUUUUUCCGUCUUUUGUCAUUAGACGCGGUGUAUUUAUGUAAAGAUACGUGUAACGUGUCUGUUAAAAAAAAGGAAGAAAAAGAAAGCUCAUUUUUCCUAUGGAAUUGAAUUGGAUGAAACGAUCGUUGAUUCAAACGAUUGAAAGAAUAUUAGAGUAGGUUCCGGUGAUGCGUUUCACGGGCACAUUUUACGUGAUCGAUACGGGCGAUAUAAAAUUUUGCGUAAAAUAAUUAUUGAUCGCUUGGUAUAUGUUGUACAUAAACAGAUUUGAUGAUAUAGAAGCUGCAAAGUAUAAUUAUAUAUGUGAAUAUGUAAUAUGUACACGAGCCCCUACCCUAGAACGUCCGCUCUGUUGUAUCAUAUUAAACCAAAGACAGUUCAACAUGGUA